AUGCAAGUAGGGACUUAUGUUGCCAUAAAGGACUUGGACAACAUUCGGGUUCUUAUCGAUCGAUUGGAAGUUGAAAUUGAGUCCCUCUUGCGUAAUGCAAGCUUUGCCAUUGAGGAGGAUGCAGUUACAGUUGCAAUUGAGGAGAUUAAAAAGAAGUUGGGAGUGUUUAUGAAGAAUGUAGAGGAUUUGGGAGCUCAAGCUGAUACCUGCAGCCGUGACAUUCGAAGAGCAAGGACUGUGGUUCUGCAGAGGAUCAUAAAACAUUCCAACAACUAG